AUGGAUUUCCCGCAUGCGCAAAUGCAGGCGGCUCUGGCUGCGACCAAUUUCUCGCCGGCCGAAGUACCAUCACUCUAUGUCCAACCCGACAAUUCACAGAGAAACGCGCAUCGAAAAGAGAGCGUUAUCCAACCGCUCCGCAAAAGCGAUACUGGCGGACAUCGAGACCAGCGCCAAGCCUCUCGCAAGAGCAGCAUCAGAAAGUUCGGAAGUCUCUUCGGCCGUGACAGGGGUAUUCGCAAUAGCAUCGCUAGCAGCGGUCUGUUGACGACGGUUGGGAACUCAGAGCGUGCGGACGACAAUACAAACAUUGAGACUAAGCGCAGUGUUCAGCUAGUCACCCGCACGGAUUCCACUGAGACUGAUAGCUCCAUGAGCUCCAUGAAUAGAGAAGAGAUCAGGGAGCACCACCGAAAGUUCGUGAAACUCCAGAGACUUGGAACCGACGACACCACCAUACUCACAGCCGACCCUGACGACUAUUCCCAAUAUAAUUACGAUGAUACCGUCGACAAUCAGCGAUCCAGAGCCGAGUGCCAAAAUUGCGAAGGCACACAUGUCGCUCAUGAUCUCGCUCCUACCCCACCAGGCAGCCGUCACCGCCACCAGCGCCGCGAGUCUCUGCGCGUUAAUCUUACACCCGAAGACGUCGAGCGGUUCGCCGGCGAAGUUCGUAACAUGACUAUUGCAGACGUGCAUCUUUCCUUGUUCGGAUACUGGAUCAAGGAGAGCGAUGAGAACUUCAGAGAAGCCAAAAAGCACCUUCGAGAGCUAGGAGUCGAUCGUGGCUAUAACCUAUCUCGUCUUAACAACUACUGCCUAGAAGAGCUUUGUCGAGACGUCCUCGACAUCCGCCCAACGGAGUGUCGUACCACAGUGCUCAAGCAGCAACCCGCUACCGAAAAAGCAUCGCUGCAGUACUUGACCCCGACACGUUCGUUUUCUUUACCCGUUGCUCCGCGAAUCGAUACUUUGCCGCCUUCGUUGCGCGAACAGAGGGAGCGGGUGAUUAGUGAGGCCGCGCAGAGGUCUACAUCACUCGGCUCUCCUGAUGGGCCUAGGGAUUACCCACCCAAUACGCCCGAUCGUCCUUUACCGUUAUCUCCACGCUCGCCCAGCUCCACCCUGAACGCGCCACCCCUCCCCCUUGGUUUUCCCUCCCCGUGCUCGCCCCCAAGGGCAUCAGAUGACCACUCCAUUCUGGAGUCAUACCGAGGGUCGUCCGAUAGCUCUUUGGAUGGAGUAUCGGACUGGGAUCUCCGAGUGGCGGACAUUUACGAGCAGGUGGUCUCCCUGGAGGACAUCACCCAGAUCGACCGGAUCAUUGCAGAUCUACAGAAUCUUAAGGACUUGUACUCCUCCAGGGAGAUCGAAAUCUGA